UGGCACCUACUCGCCGCGGCGUCCUCCCGCUGGAGCAAAACGCACUUCGAGCUCUGUGCUACCGCCCACCCUGCUCCAGGAAGUUGGAGACGCCAGGGGAGACCAGCAAACAGAAAUCGGCUUAGUUGGACUCCGGAGAUUUCGGCUGGCACAUCUUCCAGAAGGAAGCCAGGCCUCCCCAAGAUUGCGCAGAGGGACGCCUAGGCCCGGGUUCCAAUUUAUCCGAAACGCACCCCCUCCAGGCUUUGCGCGGGGAAGGAGGCGCGGAGCCGCUGGGUCCUGGAAACCUGAACAGGGUAAGCCGCUGCCUCGGCUCCCGGCCCGCAGCCCGCUUGCGAGAAGCCGGGGCAGGGCCGGGGGCGACGAGAGAGGGGCCGCUGCAGCCCAGGCCCUUCCCCGCCCGCCGCGCCCCGCGCCCCUCGGCCCGCGGGCCAUGGCCGACGGCGGCGGCCCCGGCGGCUCCGGGUCCUGGUGGAAUUCGCUAACCAACAGCAGGAAGAAAAGCAAGGACGCCACGGUGGGGGCACAGCCUCCCGCCCAGCCUGCCCCCGGGGAACCCGCGCCGCCCGGCCCGGACUGGACUAGCGGUUCCCGGGAGAAUCAGCACCCCAAUCUUCUAGGGGGCGCCGGCGAGCCCAAGCCGGACAAGUCGUGCGGGGAGAAAUCCGGCAACAGCCGCCGAAAUCUGAAGAUCUCGCGCUCAGGCCGCUUUAAGGAGAAGAGGAAAGUGCGCGCCACCCUGCUCCCCGAGGGAGUCAGGUCCUCGGAGGAGGCGGACUUCCCUGGUGACCCCCACGACGACAAGCAAUAGCCCGAGCGCUCCGGGGCUGCCUCUCCUCCCACCAGGCCUCCCCAGCCCCCAGUUCGAAACCUGCCCCUGGACUUGGUGCCUUACCCCACCAAAGUCAGAAUAUUUGCCCAAGGCCUCCAGGUUUUGGAGACUGAAGUGACAGUCGAGUAUUCCAUAGUUCACAGCUCAAAGAUGCAUUCAAUAUUUAUUCUUGCUAAGAGAAGAUACCACAGAGGAAGCUGGCAUAUGUCUUUUUUUUUUUUUUUUUUUCACUUACGGGGUCUCCCUUGCAUCCCUCAUGGGAAGGAGAAGGGUACUUCUCUAAGAGACUUUAGCGCAACUGGAAUUGCGCAGCCCCUCCAACGAGGGAGGGCACGCUCUGAUUCAGGACUUGCCAUUGGAAAGCAAAUCACAGUGCUGUCUUUAAUGCCUGAGAAAUGCACUUUAGGAGUACUUUGGUAGACUUACACCUUAAGUGAAGGUAUGGGAGAGAGCAGGAAGCCUUCUCAAGUAGAAGCAUUUUAAGUAAGGCAGGAUUGCUUUUAAUGUUGAACUACAAAACUGUACUGCUCAUUUUAGUGUGGACUAUUAAAACUGUUGCACUGUAA